CUCUCCCUCCGUCAUUCUGACUGUCGCUCUCUACCUCGCUUCUUCCUCCUUUUUUGCACGUACGCAGUGGACUUUUUGAAACCCUCGAGUCUGAGCGAACAGGAAACAACCAUGAGGUCAAGGGCACGUUCCCAUCUGCUGCUCCUGCUCUGGGCCUCAGCGCUGGUGACCUCGACCCCCCCUCCAGAGCCUUUAGAAGUGUCCCUGUGGAAAAGUGUGGUCCUGCCCUGCUUCGCUCCUCCAGGGACCAACCUCCAGGAUGUGGUUCUGGAAUGGACCCGAGAGGACCUGGAAAACAACAACGUCUUCCUGUUCCGAGAUGGACGGCCCUACCUGGUCUAUCAGCACGGACAGUUCAAGGAUCGCGUAGAACUCAAAGACCCGUCCUUCAAAAACGGAAACCUGUCCAUGACCCUGAAGGACGCCAGCCAUGAGGACAGCGGUCGGUACCGAUGCACCGUCUUCAGCUCAUCACACGUCAAGAAACGCUCCGUGUACAACACACCGCCGGUCAAAGUCAUCGACCUCAAAGUAGUCGAUCCAGAGCCUGAGAGGAUCCGGGCACUUCCUGGACAAGACGUGGUCCUAAAGAUGGAGCCUGUGGACUACCCUGUAACCUCCAUCAUGUGGAAACGCCCCGAAGAUGAAGAACACUUCGUGUUUCUCCACGGCAUGGGCCACCCGCACCACCAGCACCCACAGUACGACGGCCGUGUCCAACUAAAGAACCAAGACCAGAACCAAGACCAGAUCCAAGACCUGUCCGUGGUCCUGCACAGAGCCCAGCCCGGCGACAGCGGAGAGUACCACGGCUACAUCGUCCAAUCACAGCACCGCAUGAAGAGGGACACUCACCAAUCAAAACCUGCCAAAGUGAUCAUCCUCGAUGUGUUGGCAAGUGGGGCCUGCAGGUUCGAAGCUGGAGUUGGUUUUGUGGCUGCCGUCUUCAUCUCAUUGAUACUUCACUUCUUCAAAUAGUAAAGGUGUCAUUUGUUUAUUUGAUUUUGUUUGAGAAUUAAAAACUUAAAGAGGGGGUAUUCUGAACAAUUGACUUUCUGGAACUUUCGACGAAGUUCUAAUGUUUCCUCAUCCAAAACACGUCUAAGGAGGUUUUAGAUUCAUCAAUGCAUAUUUGAGUAAUCUAGUGAUCUCUCCUGGGCCCUAUUCCGCCCACAGGUCUACACGCGCCCUCACGGGACAAUUCUCCAGAAAUAUACAAAAGCAUGACACACCUGUGACACAGAGACUGGACGAACCUGUUGUGACGUGCAGGAGUUUCAUUAGUGGGACGAACGCUCCAUGAGUUGUGACGCUCUGAAGGGGGAGUGACUGUCAAAAACAAAAUGUUAAUAUGAUGUUUUGGGGAAAUAGAGCAUUUUCAAAACAAUAAAAGGAACAUGGUGAUCUAAAUAUGUCACGUACCCCCUCUUUAAUAGACCUUUUUCACAAUGGCCCGAAGUCCCGCGAUGUCGAGGAAACGUUACUUCCAGUUAAUGUUUUUCUGUGUAAAUGUUUGUGUGUAAAUGUGUCAUAUUCUUCAUAAAUCUGCCCCAUCACCAAAUCUUCAACCAACAAGCUCCACAAAGGACAAACAUUAUAACAUGAACAAUUUAUCCACAACUAUCAAGAGAAAAAAGAGCAAAACUUAAGGAAACAAUGACCACACAAGAAACUAAACUAAUGUGAUGAUCAUGAAUAAAACAGAAGGAACUUGUUCACUCAGACUCAUUCUACAAUUAAAAUUUUAAAUUGAUAGAUUUCACGAUGUAGAUAUUUGCACUGACAGAGAGAUUUGUGCAGUUCAAAUGUUACAGAUGUUCACAGAUUACAGGUCUAACAUUUAAACUGCACAAAUCUCUCUGUCUAUGUUAAUAUCAACAUCAUGAAAUAGAUUUUUAAUUUUAAUUCUAGAAUCAGUCUGAGUGCACAAGUUACUUCUGAUGUAUUCACGACCAUAACAUUAGUUUUGCUCAGUAGUUCAUUAACAGUGUUUGGAGUAACGCGUUAUAAAAGUAAUGAAUUACUGUAAUGUGUUGCUUUUUGCUGUAAUGUGGCAUCACAGGGGGAAAAAAGGUAAUAUUUUACUUGGUACAAAUGUCCUUAACCUGGAAUGAAGUGGUGGGUUUUUUGUUUUUCUUCAUACAAAUUUGCUAAAAUUAGUGCUGUCAAGCGAUAAAAAAUAUUGAGAGAUUAAUUAAAUGUGCUCUGUAAUUAAUGUCUUUUUAAUCUCACCUAAAAAUUGCUGAGAAAAGUCUCAACUUGAGGUAUUUUCAUUUAAAUUCAUUAUUACAUUAUUGUGGCAGAUUAAAAGACUUUAACAAACUUUAACAGAUGCAGUCACUUACACUCCACAGUAUCAUCAUUAUUAUUAUUACUGUUACUCUAUAUUACUCAACUUUACAACAUAUAAACAUAAACACUCUAGAGCCACAUCAGCUGUUUGACAUUAUCAUGUGUUUAAUGCAGAUUUGCACAAGUCUCACAGAAACAAAACUUAAAACCACAUGACUCAUUUGCAUAAAAUAAGCGGA